AAAUUUUAGUCAAUGGGAAAGGAGGGCGCGUGAUACCGGGACGAUUUGUCGGCCGUUAAAGGUCAAAUCCUCCCAGUCCGCCACUUCGGCGGCCACAUUCAUUUACUUCCUUGCAUCCGUUGCAAGGUGAGUUGCAGAAAUUCUACACAGAUUGGGGGAGACAGUUUCAGAUUUUUGCAGCUUGCGGAAGACGAAGCGCGCUGAGAAUGGAGGCGAAGCAGAAUAGAGAUAAGCAAAAGUUCGUUGCUUUCACCGGCGCUGUCGCUUUUCUCGCCGUAGCCGUCAACUUUGCCGUAACUGCUUACAUUUCUCACAAGAGAAGCCGCAAUAGAAAAGGUUUAGAGAUUCCGGGGCUAAAUGUUCGAAUAAAUCUAUCUGCUUCAGAGAUUCUGAGAUUAGCGGACAACAUAAUUACCAAAUCAAAGCAGGUCCAUGAUGCAGUUGCUUCUGUUCCUCUGGACAAGGUCAGUUAUGCAAAUGUGGUUUUACCAUUGGCAGAACUGGAAGCAGAGCAAUUUCCUCUGAUACAGUCAUGUGUCUUUGCAAAGUGGGUGUCAGCUUCACCUGAAGUUCGAAAAGCUAGUGCUCAAGCAGAGAAAAAAAUAGAUGCUCAUAUUUCAAUUUGCAGUAAACUUGAAGAUGUUUACCGAGUUGUUAAAUCUCUGGCAUCAAAAGCAGACAGGAUGACCACUGAAGCCAAAAGAUUUAUUCAAUUCCUGGUUCGAGACUUUGAACGGAAUGGGUUAAGUCUUACCUUAACCAAGAGAGAGGAGUUGCAUCGCUUGAGGACUCAAAUUGAUGAGCUGAGUACGCAAUAUAUUCGAAACUUGAACGAUGAUACUACUUUUCUCACUCUUAGUGAGACAGAGCUAACAGGAUUACCAGCACCUUUCCUUAAGAGAUUAGAAAAAACAGAUAAAGGAAAAGUAAAAUUAAUUCUGAAAAGCCAUCACGUUACACCAGUUCUAGAGCUCUGCAAGGUAGGAUCAACCAGGAAAGUCGUGGCUUUGGCUUAUGGAAGGAGAUGUGAGGUCAAUCUCACUGUCUUAGAAAAACUGACUCAGCUGCGGCAUAAACUUGCAAGAUUGCUUGGCUAUUCCAACUUUGCUGAAUUUGCCACAGAUGUUAGAAUGGCCAGCUCCUCAUCUAAGGUUUUCGAGCUCUUGGAGAAUGUAUCUGCCGGUUUGACUGAUUUGGCAACAAGAGAACUUACUCUGUUAAAAGAACUUAAGAAAAAAGAGGAAGGUGAAUUGCCCUUUGGUAUUGAAGACCUUCCUUACUACCUUAAAAGGAUCAAAGAACAACAAUGUGAUCUCAACUUCGGAGUCAUCAGACAGUAUUUUCCGUGUGAUUUGGUUUUAUCAGGAAUCUUUAAAAUAUGUCAAGACCUAUUUGGUUUAGGGUUUGAGGAAGUUUCAAAUGCCGAGCUUUGGCAUCCUGAUGUAAAGCUUUUUUCUGUUUCUGAUCUGAGUUCUAAAGAGCUGCUGGGAUAUUUUUUCUUAGAUAUGUACUGGAGGGAAGGAAAAUAUGCUCAUACUUGUUUUGUAGCUCUUCAAAAUGGUUCAAUAAUCAAUGGAAUUAGACAGAUUCCAGUGGCAUUACUUAUUUCUCAAAUUGACAAGGAUAUUGGAGGUCUACCAGGGUUAUUGAGAUUCUCUGACAUUGUCAGUCUUUUCCAUGAGUUUGGUCACGUGAUACAUCACAUUUGCAAUCGUGCAUCAUUUCCCAAAUUCUCUGGGCUGCGCCUGGAUCCAGAUUUCGUCGAGAUUCCCGCCUUACUGUUUGAGAACUGGUGUUAUGAGCCCUCCUGCUUGAAGUUGAUAUCUGGGUUUCAUCAGGACAUCACACAGCCUAUCAAGGAUGAACAUUGCAAAGCACUGAAGGAGAGGAGAUAUGCUUUUUCAGCAUUGAAAUUAAAACAGGAAAUAUUUUAUUGUCUUUUUGAUCAGAUCAUUCAUUCGACUGAAAACGUUGAUAUCACUGCAUUAUACAAACAUCUCUAUCCAAAGGUAAUGCUAGGCUUACCAAUGUUAGAAGGAACUAACCCGGCUUCGUGUUUUCCACAAACUGCUGUUGGCUGUGAAGCUACUUGUUACAGUCGGAUAUGGAGCGAGGUUUUUGCAGCUGACUUAUUUGCUCAGAAGUUCCGCAACAAUAUAUUUAACCUGCAAUCAGGCUUGCAAUUUAGGGACAAGGUAUUGGCUCCUGGGGGAGCUAGUGACCCGCUCGAACUCUUGUUGGAGUUUCUUGGGAGGGAACCAUCACUACAAGCGUUUCUGAGUAGCAGAGUUACAUCAAGCUAAUUUAUGGACCAUGGUGACUUUCUCUGCAACCACUGUUUAUUACGUAUUAGGUAGGGGUUUUGUUGAAAUAUUACUAAAUUGAUACUCAAUGACAGAGUACAGUAAUUUUUCAUGAAAGCAUUCACAUUUUUAUUCAAGGAUCUCAUUUUAGUAAUAUAUUUGUCAUGAUUCCUAUUAAAUCAAUCAACAAAUAUCUGCUUGCGGGAAAUUUGGGUUUCUUUUUGGUCUAGAACUAUUUUUU